GGAGCGGCGGAAAGGGCCGAGGCGGUCGCCAUAGGGGCUGUGGCGGACGGGUAAGGCCGAGCCAUCUCCGCCGGCCGUCCCGCACCCGCCGGUAACGGGAUCGGCUCCUCCUCGAGAACGCCGCACAGCACCAUGCUGCGCCUGCCCGCCCUCCGCACGGCCCUCGCAGCGGCCGCGCCGGCCUCCGCGCUGCGCGGCCGCACGACUGCCACGGCAGCCGGCAACCAGAUCGAGGUGUUUGUGGACGGCCAGCCCGUGCUGGUGGACCCCGGAACCACGGUGCUGCAGGCCUGUGAGAAGGCUGGAAUUCAGAUACCGCGGUUUUGUUACCAUGACCGUCUCUCCGUUGCUGGAAACUGUAGGAUGUGUCUUGUGGAAAUAGAGAAAGCUCCAAAGCCAGUAGCUGCUUGUGCCAUGCCAGUUAUGAAGGGCUGGAACAUUCUGACAAAUUCUGAGAAGUCCAGGAAAGCAAGAGAGGGUGUGAUGGAAUUCCUGCUGGCAAAUCACCCACUGGACUGUCCUAUCUGUGAUCAGGGUGGAGAAUGUGAUCUACAGGAUCAAUCAAUGAUGUUUGGCAGUGAUAGGAGUAGAUUUAGAGAGGGAAAACGCGCUGUUGAGGACAAGAACAUUGGCCCAUUAGUCAAAACAAUCAUGACUCGGUGUAUACAGUGCACUCGGUGUAUCAGAUUUGCUAGUGAGGUCGCAGGUGUAGAUGACUUGGGAACAACUGGAAGAGGAAACGACAUGCAAGUUGGUACCUAUGUUGAAAAGAUGUUCAUGUCUGAGUUAUCAGGGAAUAUUAUUGACAUCUGCCCCGUUGGUGCACUUACUUCCAAGCCUUAUGCCUUUACUGCACGCCCAUGGGAGACAAGGAAGGUAGAGUCCAUUGAUGUUCUUGAUGCAGUUGGAAGCAACAUUGUAGUGAGCACAAGGACUGGAGAAGUGAUGAGAAUAUUGCCAAGGCUGCAUGAAGAUAUCAAUGAGGAAUGGAUAUCUGACAAAACAAGGUUUGCGUAUGAUGGUCUGAAGCGUCAGAGGCUGACUCAGCCCAUGAUCAAAAAUGAGAAAGGACUCUUUGUUUAUGCUUCAUGGGAGGAUGUGUUAACUCGUGUUGCUGGUGUGCUAAAGGCUGUCCAAGGUAAGGAUGUAGCAGCAAUUGUAGGAGGACUGGUGGAUGCAGAAGCACUAAUAGCUCUAAAAGACUUGCUGAAUAGAGUAAAUUGCGAUAUGCUCUGCACCGAAGAGAUCUUUCCUACUACUGGAGCUGGCACAGAUUUACGCUCUAACUACCUGCUUAAUACCAAGAUUGCUGGAGUGGAGGAGGCAGAUGUCCUGCUUCUGGUUGGCACCAAUCCACGCUUUGAGGCACCGCUUUUUAAUGCUAGAAUUCGGAAGAGCUGGCUUCACAAUGACUUGCAUGUGGCCCUCGUUGGCUCUGCUGUGAAUUUGACCUACACAUAUGAUCAUCUGGGAGAAUCCCCACAGAUACUCCAGGACAUUGCUUCUGGGAAACAUGCAUUCUGCAAGGUCCUCGACCAAGCUAAAAAGCCAAUGGUGGUGGUAGGAAGUGCAGCACUGCAGCGCAAUGAUGGAGCAGCUAUCCAUGCUGCAGUUUCCACUAUUGCACAAAAUGCCAGGACUAAGAGUGGAGUUGGUUCUGAUUGGAAAGUUAUGAACAUCCUUCACAGGGUUGCAAGCCAGGUAGCUGCUUUGGAUCUGGGUUUCAAGCCAGGAGUGGAGGCAAUUAGGAAAAAUCCUCCCAAAGUAUUGUAUCUCUUGGGAGCAGAUUCUGGUUGUAUAACACGUCAGGAUUUGCCAAAGGAUUGCUUUAUCAUCUAUCAAGGACAUCACGGGGAUGUGGGAGCUCCCAUAGCUGAUGUUAUUCUCCCAGGAGCAGCAUAUACAGAGAAGGCAGCAACAUAUGUGAAUACUGAAGGUAGGGCCCAGCAGACAAGAGUAGCAGUAACACCUCCUGGGAUGGCAAGGGAAGACUGGAAAAUCAUUAGAGCUGUCUCUGAGCUGGCUGGUUUGACCUUGCCUUAUGAGAACCUUGAUGAAAUACGGAAGCGUUUAGAAGAAGUAUCUCCUAACCUGGUCCGAUACGAUGAUGUGGAAGAGGCUAACUACUUCAAGCAGGCAAAUGAACUAUCAAAGUUAGUAAAGCAGCAGCUUCUUGCUGAUCCUCUUGUUCCACCUCAGCUCACAAUAAAAGACUUCUACAUGACAGAUUCCAUCAGUAGAGCAUCCCAGACAAUGGCCAAGUGUGUGAAAGCUGUUGUUGAAGGUGCUCAUACAGUGGAAGAGACGGCCAGCUGCUAGUUGCUGAUCAGACUGCUACCACUUUCAUCCAAGUAUUUGUUGCAGUUAAUAGCUGUGACCAAUACCUUUUUCUUCCCAGAAGCUAUUUGCUAGGCAGUGGCAUUUCUUUCUUCAUUCACAUUUUCAUCAGUUCACAUGCUCCCAUAAUAUAGGACUCUUGUGGCUGGAGAGAACACGCAGCUUUCAACUUGCUGUACCUAGAGGCUGCAUACAUGAUGAUUGUAUACAAAUAAAUCAUAAUAUUAAACAAGCCAUUACCCAUGUAAUUUAUAAAGCUCACGCUUCUUGUAUGAAAUCUCAGUAAGCAACUCAGCCACAGCAGAAGUUUUGAUUUGCCAAGAACAGGUUUUUUUGUAGCCUGAACUCUAGAUUGUAACCCUUCCAGAGCAUCUAGGUAUUUUAAACAAUGAGGAUGUGAACGCUCUACUUUGGUCAUGCACUUUCAGAGCAAGUUGUCUCUCUUUCCAGUUAAAUGUACCUGGUUUGUGUCAGUAUUUACCUACCACUCCUAGAUAUUUUGAUGUGUUUCUCCAUUUUGUUGGCAGUUGAGAAAACUACUCAAGGGAAGAAAUAUUUUUAUGUUAAGAGAAAGCAGUUUAUACACAGCUUUGAAAUGUUUAACUUUUUAAAACUUAGCAAAACAUAAUAGGCCUUCAGCUGUAUCAAUACAAGAACAAAAUCUUACUCUAGUUCCUCUGUGCACUGAUGGUUUUAUGGCAAAGUGAAAGAGGAGACUGGGGUUUCAUUUUUAAAGCUUUGCGAUGACUUUAGAACAGUGAGAAUCUGCUCAGUGCUACAGAAUGUUGGAUAAUGUAAGUUUAGAAGAAGGUUAGGUACCCCAGCAGUAAGGUACUAGAGUAAUAAGGUAUAUAGGAAUCCUUCCAGGAACCAUGCAGAUUGAAGCACUGCUACAAGGUCAUUACUUCCAACUUUCUUAGUUUCUUUCGGAAGUAAAACCUAUGUUUUUUUCCAGGGUGGAAUAAUACUGAGUAGAAUACUGGUGGAAUAAUACAGGGUGGAAUACUUCAUACGAAUGCUGCUCUAGAAUUCUUAACUCUCUAAAAGCUCUUUCUUUCACUUUCGACAUUUUUCAGUAACAAUCAAGUAGCAUUUUAAAGGUUCUUUUCCUCCUGCCAAGGAAGAAGUCUCUUCCUGGUUUCCUCAGCUUCACCCAGUCUGCCUUAUCCUAACCAAGCGACUCUUAAGCACAGGAUGUUGCUCAACCCAGCCUGCUAUUCUCCAGUUACCAACAGGGUCAGUUCUCUUGGUGGUACAAACUAACUAUUCAUGCAAAGAUACUGUGCACAUUAAGCAAACAUCUGCAAGUACUGCAGUCUAUUUCUAACGUGGCAGUUAACAGGUAUGUCCAUACAUGUCACCAAAUGCAGCAUAAAACCUUCCUCUGUCCUUGUGGAAUGUUACUUCUUUGGGGGGAAAAAGGAGGAUGCAGCAGGGACAGCAGAAGAAGAAUGUGUAUAACAGCAUAUGCCCAAAGCAAGACAGCUGGUUCUUUCCAUAAGUGGUGGUUCAAAAGAGAAAGGUUUACUGAAUACAGGAUUCAGUAAAAUAUCUGGUUCUUACGUUCCUUGGAUUAAUUCCUUCCCCCCUUUCUAAAUCCAUAUUGUACAUAUAUAUAAGAGUAAUUUCAGUUGUGCAGCAACUCAGCCAUUUCUUCAUUUCAGGAUUUAUAAAGGCUUAAAAAAUCAACAGCUAUUUCUUUCAUAAAUAACAUCAUUAUUUAACUCUGGGAGCACAGGCACGUUAUUAUUACUUUUGAAAGUACUGCAUCCUUCAGUUAGUGUGUAUAUAGGACUUAUUUUUAAAAGGUAAUUAGCACAUGAGGUGUUGCUGUCCUGUUUCUGCCCUCUCCCCCUGCCACUUAAGUAGUCACUAAGUAGAGAACUUAGGCAAAUUUGAUAAUAGCAACAGAGCUCUAUGAAUUUGACUAUUGGAAACUAGGUAGUAAAGAAAUCUAAAUGGGCAUACUUAUCAACUGAGUGCAUAGUUCAUAAGCCCAUACUGCUUUUGCUUGCUGGGCAGUCUGUAGAUGUGUGGACUUCUGUUCAGGUACAGAUAAAAAGAUAAGUAGGGAUCCACACAAGUGGAGGUGAUGUAGGCUGAACAAAGAAGGAGGUGAGUGCUGAGGGAGAUCAGUUCCCAAAUGCAGCCCUGAUCAUAGCCAAUGGACAGCUGACACUUUCUCACUUAUUGCAGGACCUGUUACAGAACAGUAACCUUCAUCUUGCUUUUUCCUGUACUCUCCUGCAUAGAUAUCAAGAGAAAGAAUGUGUUGAGGAGAAGUUCAGUCACUAUGCACUCUUUUCUCUUAAUGCAGUACUAUGUAAAAUAAGCUUUUAAAUAUGCCUUACAUUAAAUCUUGUUUUUAUGUAGCCUUGUCUUCAGCAGAAGGUUGUGGAGAAGCAGAAAACAUUGUGUUGAUUCAAGGUAAAGCCUUACUGAACACUUGUCUUUUGGAACAAGUUUAGGCAAAGUUAGCACCAGCAGUCAGAUUAAAGAGGAUCAAACUGUCCUCUUUUCCCAUCUCCUGUCAAAACAGUGCAGACAUGCUUUAGACUUAAAAACUUAAGUUGUGAUUUAAAAAAAAAAAAAAUCCCUACUCAGUAUCCACUUACCCUAAAGCAUUGGCAGCCCUUGUUCCACAGGACACUCUAAAUCCUGGCAAUUUAGUGAGAUUCUUUGAUUUAAAAAAAAAUAAAAAAAAUUAAAAAAAAGAA